CCCGCCUGCCGUGACGCGCUUGGCCCGCGCCGCCGCGGUGCAUGCCGGGGCGGUGGCGGGACCAUGGCGAGCGACUUCUACCUCCGCUACUACGUGGGACACAAGGGCAAGUUCGGCCACGAGUUCCUCGAGUUCGAGUUCCGGCCCGACGGGAAGCUGCGCUACGCCAACAACAGCAACUACAAGAACGACGUGAUGAUCCGCAAGGAGGCCUAUGUGCACAAGAGCGUGAUGGAGGAGCUGAAGAGAAUAAUCGACGACAGCGAGAUCACCAAAGAGGAUGAUGCUUUGUGGCCUCCACCAGACAGAGUUGGCCGGCAGGAGCUUGAAAUAGUAAUCGGCGAUGAGCACAUCUCCUUCACCACGUCAAAAAUCGGUUCACUCAUUGAUGUAAAUCAGUCAAAGGAUCCAGAAGGCUUGAGAGUGUUCUACUACCUGGUCCAGGACCUUAAGUGUCUAGUCUUCAGUCUUAUUGGACUACAUUUCAAGAUUAAGCCAAUUUAAAUUAAACAAACUGAAGUUUGUAUUGCAGUACAGGGGGGAGGGGGGUAGGCUGAAUUCCAUGGCUGUUUCUGGCCUUGAAGUUUUUAUGUAUGUUAGAAUGUUUGUUUUGUUUUGUUUUUUUACAAACUGUCAGUGACUGUCUUAAUAAAAUGGUGACAUCUGUAUUGUUUAUUUGUAA